AGUAUCUUGUAACAUUUUAAUACCAAAGAUUUAAACAAUAAAUCUGCUCAUAAAAUGGCUGGCGAUAAUGUGAUGAGAGAUAUUCGCAUCAACAAACUGGUACUAAAUAUCGGUGUUGGCGAGUCAGGCGAUAGGCUGACCCGUGCCGGAAAGGUUUUGGAGCAGCUAACAGAGCAAAAACCGGUCUUUUCGAAAUGUAGAUUUACCAUCCGUUCCUUGGGAGUUCGUAGAAAUGAAAAAAUCGCUUGUCACGUUACCGUACGCGGCAAGAAGGCACUCGACAUCUUGGAAAGGGGUCUCAAGGUCAAGGAGUACGAACUCAAGAAGAAGAACUUUUCUGACACUGGAAACUUUGGAUUCGGUAUCCAGGAACAUAUCGAUCUUGGCCUCAAAUACGACCCAUCCACUGGUAUCUACGGAAUGGACUUUUACGUCCAGCUGGUCAGGCCAGGCUAUGGCGUCACCAAGAGAAGGAGAUGCAAGUCCAGAAUUGGCAAGCAGCACAAGGUCACCAAGGAAGAAGCCAUGAAAUGGUUCCAGGACACCUUUGAUGGUCUCAUCUUCAACUAGUGUGUGUUCU